CUUAAACUUCGAAAACGAGAGUGAUUGAAGAUACUUUCAGUGUGGAUAUAUUACAAGCAUAUAUUACACAAUGUUUAAACUUCUUUUACUUAUGGGCAUGGGUUUGGGCGCAAUGUACAUGUUGCACCUGCUUGCACAGGACUACAAUAAAAUACGACAGCCCGUUGCUGCGGCUGCGCGCGCACUCGCUACGGCCAGCAAUGCGGUCGCACGUGUGAAGCGAGGUAACACCGAAGCAAUAACCAAAGUCUACAAGCUCUUGAAUAUACAGGAACAACCAGGAAGCCAUAAUACUGCCAACACAACAACACUCAGUAUUGAAUGGAAACGUAUUUUAUCACGGGAUCCUUUUGAAUGUCUAUUAUCACUAAUAUGCCAACUAAUGUCAGGUGCUGAGGCACACUCACGCGAAGCCAGAUUAAUAAAGGAAUUCCUAGAAACAAAGGUUACUCACGCACCAGCAAAAAUUGGAAGAGCUUUUAGUAGAGGUCUGGCUCUUCAAGGUGCUACCGAUCGCUGCUAUGACGAAUAUCCAUUUUGUGUUUACUCUGCGAAAACUAUGCUCAGAGUGCUAAGAUGGUUUGUAGAAUCACCUAGUGAAGAAGACGCCUGAUAAGCCAAAAGCGAUAUCGAUUGCUGGCGCAAGAGGAAACAUUA